CUCUCAUCUGCAAAUCACCACCGCAUUCUGCCUUUUCUUGGAGCUAUCUUCUCUCAAACCCUCAACCCUCCAUUACCUCUGCACUUUUCCUUCUCCGACCCCCCAUCGCCUCACCACAUACAUAUCACGAUUGAUGUGGGGAGAUGAUGCUGCAGUAAACCGACGCAGCUGUCUUUUUUCUGCUAGCAACAUGCUGCUAGGUUGGUUGAUCAAUCGUGUGGUUUGGAAUCGAAGCACCGUAUGCGCAGAGCAGCAGCUUGAAUAGCGAUCCAACCUUGGGCGAAGACACGGAGACGUGACAUAUUUCUCUGCCAAUGGAACAGUUGUCCGGGCGGCUGCGUAUGCUGUGCGAGCUUGAACUAACCUACGAAACCGUCGAGGGUCAUGGCAGUCUUGACAUUGCCUAUUCACACAAGGCUGAUUUCUUCGGCACAUUGCAUAAUGUGAGUCACGAAACCACGCACGCUUAGCUCGUGGACGCUGCCUGGUUAUUGAAUCUUCGACCCAGAGUUUUACGUUGCACUCGUCAUGGAUUCUCUACCGCCUGACGAAGCAUUGUGUUUCUUCUGCGCAUGUGCGAGUCCGUUUUAUUUCCUUGCCUCUCUUUGUGAGAGAUGUCUUCCUUCCGUGAUGAACCUGCCAGACCUACGCACUGCGUAGAUCGGCAUCAACUGUUGUAUAUUUACUCGACGUUGGUGUUUUCGCUCCUGGCACAGAACAAACCUUCAUUACCCGUUGCUGGGCACCUGGCUUUGAGCAGUCGUCUUGACUAUCAUGAGAAGUUGGGAAUCAGCUGAGGUUACAUAUGUAAUGCGAAAUUGAGCUUCGAAGAGGUGCGAGACCAUAAGCGAUUCCGCCUAACGAGGCAGGGACGUGACACGUAUGGUUUUGCGAAAGAUAUAUCGGGUCAAGGUGGCUUCCUGAGUCUUGUGGAUAACGACACCGAGAGGUUCGGGUGUCGUUUUGCAUCCAGGCCGGACGUUGAUUGUUACGAAGAGAGCUUAGCCGCUAUGACGAUUGACGACGGUGGUGUGCGAAACGUUAACGAGCGAGCUUCUGUCCUAGCGAGGGAAGCAGAGUUGCUUUGCUGUGGAUCUGGUCUCGCGACUCGGCAUUGAUUGGGCCGACGAUUCGAUGUGAGUGGAUACGCAUGGGACUGUGAAGGAGCAGUGCCAGCCUGUCUUUCUGUUGACAGUGGUCUUCGUACCACCACGCUGCUUGUCCCGCCUCCCACAUCCCACGCACCUUCGUGCGCCAUGUGCGUUAUGUGCGCACACUUAGUCCCAACUUCUAUGCUCUGACCCAGCAAGGAGCGUGUGCUGCUGGGCGUGAUGGGGUGCUGACGGUUACUCAACUCGAACCGCCCCCGGAUGGAUGGUCUGGCAAAAUAUCGAAAUGCAGCAGCCGAGCUGAAUGCCUCGACAGGCUCACUUACCACCACCUAUCAAGUCUGUGGUUCCCGAGGGUAAGGACAGGCACCAGUCAGUCACUUGCUUUACUUUGCGAACUACAUAUGUAAUAGUCGACGGGGCAUGACGUGACGGUUAGUCGCCUUACCGAGCAGUAUGAGGAGGCGGUGAGCCUUCCUUGAGCAUCUCACCUUAAAUGACCAACUCCUCCAUUCGGGGCAGACUGAGGAGGAGACAAUAUCGGAAGUCCGUUGUCUUUUUACGGCAUGUUCCGGGGCCUCCCUCUCCUUAUCCCACCUGUACAGUGUCCGCCUGUGCUGUGUACGGCUGCACAGGACAGACUUAAGGACGACCGGUCCACGUGUAAGGUAAUGAGGCAAGGCAAGUAAGACUGGCCAGUAGCGAAGGUAAGAAAUACUUGUAGUAAUGUCUCUGGACUGUCUUGAGCGGGUUUGAGUGGUGCUUUUCUCUCGCCUAGAUUGUUGUGUACGGAGGGAGUACUUUUCCGCCGUCGGCACCCCGACCAAGGGUCAUCAGAUGCCACAUAGUUCCCACGUCCUCCUACCGCGUGUCCCAAUCCAUCCCGUCUCAGUCCAACCAAGACGUCGCAUGGCAUGGCCUUGGCCGUUGCUGUCGCCAUGCCAUGCUUUGCCUUGCCAUCCCGUGCCACCUUCUCCUCGAAUCCGGCCAAGCUCCCCAGUGGGCCGUCGUACUGGGAUGCGAAGCAGACCUGAGCAAGAAGACGGAAGACACCCACACCCGCACCACACACCACACACCACACACUACACCCCAGACCCCGGGCAGGGCCAACGCGCCGUCAAUACCGGCACCAGCAGCUCUGCAACUAGAAUCAGAGAAGGAAGCUCCAGCAGCCAGCCCAUCACCGUGCCGCCGCCGCCGACGCCGCCGCCGUCGGAUGUUUGUCUGACAUCUACCUCCCUCCCUCUGUCUCUCCUCGUCAUUCAUUGUCGCAGAUGUUGAAAUAUCAUCCCACACCCGCUCGCCUCUUCGUCUCGCAAUAUAUUUCAACCUUUCUUGCACUUUUUUUGUGUGGUUGUUAUUGUUGUUGUUGUUGUUGUUGUCUUUGCCCGUCUCUAUUCACUUGACUCUUGCUCUUGGCAAGGCGUCGCAUUGCCCUCCUCCUUGAUCGACAAGGCAGGACAUAGCUUGCGCUUCGUAAACCAUUCACUCGAAUAAUCUCUUGUGCAGACGCGAUCACGAAGCGGCCCCUAGGAUAGAUCCGCGAGUGACAGUUGUUCCCUCACUUCCUUCAACAAUAGGCACCUACAUCGGUCACAUCAUACGGAUACUCACUCGACCAUUCUCUCGACCGCCGCCAGCUGGUCAUCUACCUGCGCCGCAACACCUGAAUCGAGUCAUCACCCGGCCCUCCACCAAUCACGACUGCGAAGCCAAAGCACAGACAACCCCCGUCCUCCGAAUUCAUACCCCCCGUAUUCAGACUCUCGAGUUCCAAGGUGCCUUUCAGCCACCUCGCAUCAGCUCCAGCCCCAGCUCCUUCGGAGCCAUUCAUCCACAGUCCUUUGCCCUGAACCCCCGCCCUUGGCCGACUCCCCAGUCUCUUCUGAUUCGGGCUUCACCACCGAGGGCUUAAACGACCGACCAACCGCCGUCGCCCCCAAGGCCAAGGCCAAGACAGGACCAAGGACGACAUCGUUCUGUGUGACCCACCCCGUUGAGGUGGCAGUGUCUCCGUCUCCUUGCAGCAUCGCAUCUGCACCCGUCCACACACAUCACGCUCUUCAGAUUCUUCGCCUUGCCUCGGGUGACUUCCUUACCGUUUGUGUCAGCCACUCCGGACACAGGCAAUCUACGGCGGGCUGUGUGCUCACUCGGUACUCUUUGGAGUCUGGGCAGGACACACCUACCGACUUUGAAUGUAUGUAGUUCCGCUGCAGAGCUGCAGCCCGCGCCCUUAACCCACCUACAGUACCUAGGCACGUAGCAAGGGCUGGGGAAAGACGGCAAAACCCCCACCCCGUUCGUUGCACCGCUUCCUUCUCCUCCGAUCGUGUCCCCUCCACGACCGGCCAGCAGGGUUUUCCUUCGGGGCCAAGUCCCAGUCUCGAUUCUAGUCCCUGCAACCGCCAAGUUUCCGUUCAGUCAAGGGGUGACAAGAAGCUGAGAAGGCGCCAAACCCGGCUAUCGCUGCACGGCCAUUUGGUCGCGAACCACCUCGACUUGGCUGCCAAUCCCAUUGUUGCGCAACUUGCUCGACCUAUACUUGCCGCCUGUGAAGCUCCGCCCUCGCUCUCGUCGACUCAAUCGCACGACUCGGAGGAGAAAAAUAGUGACAUACGUCCUCUUUCCUUCUUUCUGUCUGUCUCUCAAAUUUACCCGUCCUGGUUCGAACAAGCAAUACAAGACACGACACCGGCCGGACAAGCAGUCCAAUUCUCCACUGGACACCCACCCAAACCCAAGUUGCCCACUCAUUGGAAUUCCCGGACGUUGACAUCGGCCGAUUGGCCUCUGAGUUGUGCUUCCGCACUUGCCAGGCUCCCACCUCCAGAGCACAAGCUUGGCCGACCCUGUCUCUCACCCUUCUUUCAUCUCUUUUGUAUUUUUGUUAGAUUUUGUAAAAAUCUCCAGGAAAAAAAAAUACCCCACGGAUAUGUCCUAUUCAUAGUGUGGAUCUCCACACGUUCUGCUGUGUCGUGCUCAGCGUCACUACUACCUACUCCAGCCCCUCCUUUCUCUCUCUCUCUCUCUCACUCUCUCUCUCACUCUCUCUCUCACUCUCUCCGACUCUGUUCAAGGGCUCCUCCGUUCACCCUCCUGGCCCCAAACCCUUGGCCCCGAUUCCCACCUCCCGCCGCAGCACCGAGCACGUACCGACACGCACCAGUACCCGGUGCUGUAUCGGCUCUCCCUCUCCCUCUCUCUCUCUCUCUCACACACACACACACACACACACACACACACACACACACACAUACCUACACUCCCUCCCUUUUUCUCUCUCACUUUCUCUUAAGACCUCUCCUCCAGCUCCCGCUACCAGCCGGCCCUGCCUUUUGGCCAUUGCACCCACGGCAUCCCGACCAGGGGAACUAACACGGCCCCUCAGCCGCCCACGCCAAACAUUCUGUAACGAGACCGAGGAGCUCCCGCUCCACGCCCCAGGGCAAAAAAAUUCCACUUUACAGGCUGACCUGACCUAUCAUACCCUCGUCUUGCCUCAACCCAACUCGACUGCGACCGUUUCUUUUGACGCCGGCCGACCGAUCGUCUCGAUCUCUCCUUUCCAAAAACCCUUGUGGCGGGGAACUUAGAAUCGCUUUUUCCAUCCCAACCCUUCCUUUCGCGUUUGCUGCUGGCUUUGCAUUGCCCGACAUGAUCAUCGACGGGGAGAAGUACGCCUGUGAGGCCUGCGUUCGGGGUCACCGUGUUAGCAAUUGCCAACACUCUGAUCGUCCCCUUCAACAUAUCAACAAGAAGGGUCGCCCCGUCUCCCAAUGUCAACACUGUCGUUCAAUGCGCAAGUCGCGCUCUGCCCACAUCAAGUGUGAUUGUGGUGAAAAGACGAGCAAAUGCGCUCACCUGCAGCCCACGCUCGACGGGCAUCGAGAAACUUGCUGUUGCAAUCAUGGUGGUCGUUGCACCUGCAGCCACAAGAAGGAGCCAGCCCUCGAUACCGUCCCCGAAUCCGACUCCGACAAGGAAGCAAUUGCCCCUCGACCGAAGCCGCCUAUUCGGAGACGUCGUGCGAACACGGUCCACUCGGACGGUAUGCUGACUUUCGACGAGCACGGCCACCACAAGCCCGCACACAAACACAACAAGGCCUCUCAGAAAUGCGGGCCCUACCAACUCAACCGCGUCAACUCUUUGAACAGCACCAGCAGUCUGGGUAGUCACUCCCCCGAGCGCAUCGCCGACAACCUGAUCAACGACCCCGUGACAGGCCGCGUUGCGCCCUCACGUCAACAGCGACUCGUCAAGUCCGAGGCCGCCUCUCCCCUUAUGAGAGGCUCUUCUAGCUUCCAUCAGCUUAACAACCAGCUGCCGCCGCUUGAUCUGUCCGGCAUUGAGUACCCCUCAUACGUACCUAAUGCCUCCUUCGACCUGUUUGGGGGUUCCGGAAUGUCGGAUCAUGAUGCGCCCAUCUUCAGUGCCGGGCUAAGCGCUGCUUCCGUAGACUGGAGCCACAUCGAUCUCACCGAUAGGACGGACAAGUUUGCUCCCUCGAGUUACAGCCAGGCCGGUGCACAGAGCUUUAAUGGCAUGUUCGACUUUGGUACCGGCUCCGAGCCGGCCCCCACCCUGGCCGCGACGACGUCGACGUCUGGCGAAGUCUCCGAGGUUGAAGACAACUUCAUCGCAGGCGACAGUGAUUAUGACGGCUUCGGCACCGGAAGUAGCAGCUUCAUCCAUCAGGCAAAUUACCUUGCUACCGGCGCAGACCUCAGCACGAUUGAUUACGAAAGCUUCGCCAAAUCAUCAAGCAACAAAUUCAUGGCGGCACCUUCCUCGUUCGACGACGGUGGCCCUAUUGCCGGUGGUUCCCUAACCUUUGAUGAUGACCCGGCAUUCUGGGGUCAGCAAUUCAAUGACGGCAUCGCUACGUACCAGGAGUCCCCUGACGGCCUACCGCAGUUCCAUGCCGACUCUUGGACAUUGCAGUAAGGCGUUCUUAUACGUGAAAAUUUCGACGCUUGUACGCCCAUGAUAUCCAGCCCAUCGAUUUAGACGACAAGCAUAGGCGCAAGGAUUUCGAGUUUAGAAGAGAUGAGAUUCGGGGUGGACGACUGGUUGGACGCCUCAUCUACGAUCUCAUUAAAGGAGUCGGCGCACACAUUGUUUUAUCUUCCACAGCACCUGGGCUUUUUUAUACUUCUUUCUUCAUAUUUCACUUUCCCCAUUAUCAUGUUUGGCUACGGUUAAAAAGAAAAAAGAAGGGGUCGGGCGGCUCAAAAGAGAGUGAUUUGCAUCUCGUUACUGCUAUUAUCAUCAACUGGACAUGGCGUCAGGCAUGCGGGGAGCAUCUCGGGUGAGGAUGGAAAGGCCGUUGGAUUGUUUGACAACAAUGAAUUAUGUACGUACGCUGGGAGAUGGGAAGGAGAGACCUGCCCGAUUUCAUGACGGUCCGUUGUUUCUCACUGCCUUUGGACAUGUCUGUUUAUAGAGAGUGAAGAGUGCUCAAGCGGUAUAGAUUCCUCAGGAGGCUUGAGGGUAUAUAGAGGGGGCUAGGUGGUUGAAUCGAUUGAUCCAUGAACAGACAGACACGCAGACACAUGCGC